AUGCCACCAACGACAUACAUAAGCAGAAUAGAGACUUUCUCAGCUGCACAUCGUCUACAUUCGCCAUACUUGAGUGUCGAAGAAAAUCGUAAAGUUUACGGGAAAUGUAAUAGUGUACACGGACAUGGACAUAACUAUAGAGUCGAAGCUAUAAUAAAAGGCGAGAUAGAUAAAAGGACCGGGAUGGUUUUCAAUUUAGUUGACUUGAAAGCGUGCAUGCAAGUAUCCAUAAUGGAUGUGCUAGAUCACAAGAAUUUGGAUCUUGAUGUUCCAUAUUUUAAAAAAAGACCAAGUACAACCGAAAAUCUAGCGGUAUUCAUAUGGCGAAACCUAAAAAAGAAUCUGCCGCAUGAUGUAACCCUGUAUAAAGUUAAGGUCCAUGAGACAGAUCACAAUGUGGCGGUGUUUCGUGGUGAAGGAUUGGAAGAUGAUGAAAGUGAUGAUGAGGAAUGUUUGAAUAAAGAUAACAUAGUUGAUAACAGCAGCAGUAAUAAAAAUAAUGAAAAUGAAUCCUCUCGUAAUAUCUCUAAUGAUAAUCAUGGCAAACGUUAUACCUACAAUGGUCAUUAUUACACCAACAACUAA